CUUUUUUAAACGGCUUUAAAUGCUUAAGUCCAUGCUGAAUCUGUAGCUCGUUUCUAGAAAUUUUUCCAUCUUGUUUUAUGUAGCUGUGUUAUUAUAUUUAAUUUCAGAAUGCUAGAUAGUGUAUUAGCUUAUCUAACCCGCACGCGCAGCUAGCCAAGAGCCUCGAGGUGGCCCUGCUACCGGAAGUGUGGUUGAGGGAUUAGAGGGGACUGACAUCUUUUCACUGAAAAUUUCUGUUAUGACAUGUUGUUAUGUUAGGCGUGGCAACAACUUGACCGCUUUAUCUCACACUGGCUGCCUGACUUUACGUGCUAGGACGUGAGGCGCGAGCUCCUCCAUGCUGGAGGUUUAUGAGGAUCACAGAAAUAUUAUUUAAUGUGUAUUAGCCCACUUAUUAAUAUGUGUGAAAUCUCAUUCCUGGGGUUCCCUAUGGCUGGGACAGGUGAAUUGCUGCAUCUCUCUUCACAUUAAUACACAGGAAGAGCUUCACCAUGAAUCAAUAUUUAAGUUCCAUUUGAAUUGUGCCACAGUGUACCUACCAUUGAUCUGAAGUCAAGCCCCUGUCAGGGAGCAGGAGUCUCUCAUCGCGUGCUUGGGCCUGUUGUGUUAUGAAGAAGGAUGAAGCUACGGAUGCACUUCGUGGUGGACCCCAUGGGCUGGUUCUGCAUCAGCACGGUGCUGUUCAUCUGGCUCUACAACACCAUCCUCAUCCCCAAGCUGGUGCUGCUGCCACAUUAUGCUGAAGGACAUAUAACUGGAGCACUAGUUGUCUGUUACUACCUAGCAUCACUCUUGUGUGUGACUGCAUUGUUAAGGGCUUCCACGGCAGACCCAGGACGACUCGCUCAAGACCCCAAAAUCCCCUUAGCAGAACGUGAACAAUGGGAGUUGUGCAAUAAAUGCAACCUUAUGAGGCCAAAGAGGUCACACCACUGCAGCCGCUGUGGACACUGUGUGCGCCGCAUGGACCACCAUUGUCCCUGGAUUAAUAACUGUGUUGGGGAAGAUAACCACUGGCUCUUUCUUCAGCUGUGUUUCUACACUCAGGUCCUGAGUCUCUACACUCUUGUGUUGGACUUCUGCCAGUACUACUACUUUCAGCCUCUAGUCUCAGUGGACAAGGAGUUAUUUACGGUGCGUCAUGAGUUGGCACUCUUGCGUGUGUCCUGCUUCAUGGGAUUGAUUAUGUUCGGAGGAAUGAGCAGUCUCUUCUACUCACAGAUCACAGGAAUCCUUUCUGACACAACCACUAUAGAGAAAAUGUCUCACUCCUCUGAAGGGAACAGUGCUCAUCGGUCGUGGCAGCAGUCGCUGGCCGAGGUGUUUGGCACGCGCUGGAAGCUCCUGUGGUUCCUGCCGUUCCGAAGCAGACGGCCACUGUACCCGAGUUCCUCCUCCCACUCGCACGUGUAGCAAAACAGAGGCUGGUGUUGAGGACGUGAACUGUCUACUUUACACUCCUUUCUCUUCUCCACUCCGUCGCUUCACUGUGGCCUAACACUUCUGAGGUACCAAAACUGCAGUCCUCUUCAGGUUUUGCUCUGUUAAUGAACUUGACCACAUUGGAUAUGAUUCCUCUUAUUCCACGGCCAAGCUCUUGUCCCAUGGUAUUAUUAGAGUUGACUUUUGAUUUUGGUAGCGUGUGUUAUUUUUUGGGUUUGUACUGAAAGCUUUGUAAACGGCAUGCGAAUGUGUGUAUUUACAAUGUUAGGGAACAUCAGGGUAUGACUGAAUUAAAGGGUUUGUUGUUUCCAGGGUAACACUCCAUGACUCAGUGAUUGGCAGGGUGCAGCUUAGUCUGAGAGGUUUUAUCUUUGGCUUAUUGGGGUGGGUGGCUGAUGGCUCUAGAGGUGAGCCAUGACCUCUGGCAAGAGCUGAAGACAACCUCAACACUAACUCUGCUCACAAACGCUUAGCCAAGCAUCAUGUACCACAACACUGAAUCCUCAACUUGAAUACUGAUCAGGUGGCAGCACAAAGAUGCAUUCCGUUCAGUCACAGUUUUGCCUCUUGCUUAUUUUAUCACCUGAUUUGUGCCUUUUGGAAUAUGUCAGAGAGUUUAGGUAAUUUUUAUAUAUAUUUUGCCAAAUUAUUUAAAAUCGUACAUUGAUGGUGUGAGAAGCAGUUAUCCUAAAAUUCUAAUGAUUUUAAAAGAAUGUUAAGCUUUUAUUUAUUUUUUUAUUUGGGUUUUUGUUUUUCAUAUUAAACCUGUGACCCAAAUUUACCAAAAAUAGACCAAAUGCACAAUUGGUCUUUAUUAAUAAUGCUAAAACAACUAAUAAACUAUACUACAGAUAUAUACACACUCUACACCUAAGGUUUUAUGAAGGGAAUGUUUGUACUAGAAUAUUUUGUUUAUUUCGUAGUUGUUGUAUGUGAAGUGCCUCCUUAACUCGGCUUGGUUGUUUCAUUCCAUUGUGCCACGAUUCUCCGUUUUUAUUUUUAUGAAUGGUUUCUUCAGGGAAGGCUGGUAUGGGAAAAAAUGUCCACUUCAUAAUUUGGUGAAAACAGAUGCAAUCAACUCCAAAUUUAUUGGCAACCUUCAAGAUAAUGACCAAACAAUAUUGUAUAAAAUAAACAUUAUACACAAAGAUUGUGCAAAAUUUUUCCAGGUAAACUACUGAAGAAACUGCUUACCUUUCCUCUAAUUUGCUGUUUCUCUGGAAAAUAAAAUACUUGAGGGAAAAUCUAAGAACUUUUAACACAAGAGACAGAUGGUUGUUGGACUUUUCACAAGUCAGGCAUUGCAUAUGAAAUAUAACAGUUAAGGCUAAUCAAGGCCAGUUAGAGUAAAUGUACUCACACCCACUGAAAAUAUGGUGACGAGUAAUUUGAUUUUGUGUUUUAUGGCUGAUAGUUCAGGGGCUCUCUGAAGAUUGAUGGCGUCAUGAAUUCUGCUACGUAUCAGGAUAUUUUAGCCCAAAGCUUGGUUGCCUCUGCCAGGAGGUUCACAGUUGGCCAUCAAAAGAGCUUUCAAAAAUAUGGUGACAAAUAUGCACCCAAAUCAACACAGAAAAAAAAAAAGUGAUCUGAAUGGAAUAGGGGGUUACAUCUACCCGCGUACAAAUAGUAAAUGAGUUUGAAAUGUCCAGCAUCCUCCAACAUGUGUCUCCAACAUUGUUAGACGUUACAGGCGUUCUCUACAGGUGGAAUUUCACCAGAUAUUUAUUUUAGGGGUGCAGAUAAUUUUGAAAACAUUUUUACAAAGAAAGACUGCACUACUGAACUUUUAAUGUUUGAAGAAAAAAAUAUUAUGUCAAAAUAAAACUACACAUUAAAAUGCAAAGUAUCACUUAAUGCAUGUGUUAUUCUUUUUUUGCUUAUCUGCAUGAGGGGUGCCAAUAAUACUGGAGUUGACUGUAAUCUUACCUUUUGGGAGGAAUUGUAAUGAGAUUUUUUUGUUUUAUAGCCAUCCAUUGUUUUAAAUUAAUUUAGCAAUAUUUUCUAUUGCUUUGAUUUAGGAGUCACAUUGGCCCAUUAGGGUAGAACAUUUUUGGUGUAAAAUUUGAAUCUGGGUUUUGCUGAUUUUGCUGGUUUCUGAUCAAAGUCUCAGCAUUAAUACUGUCUCAAAAUUAUUGUGAAAUUCAGGUAAAUACCUAUGGUCUGAUUGGAAGCUCUCCAUCACAGGAUGAUGUUCUCACUUUUGGAUGGUAUUGUUGCCUCAUGUCUGAAUAAAUGUCUUAAUUUAUUGGAAUAUUGUCUAAAAAUGUAAAGCACACUCUUGAUGAUAGUCAGAACUGAAAUGAGCAUACAUCUAUCUCUCCUCAUGUUUGGAAUAGAUCAACAACAUGGGACAACAUGGGUAUCUCCAGAAAGUUUUACAGAAAAUUAUAGCACUUAAAAAAAAAAAGCAGGUCUGGGUCAGAGCAACUCAAAAUGGUGGACCAGGUCACAAAUAUAUUUAAUGCAAUAUUAAAAUGAAUUAUGGAAAGCCAGAUCUUAUGCUCCAGUCUGCAAGGUUAAGAUCGAGAAUGGUCGUUAUGCUGUGCUUAUCGUACAUCUCUCAGUUUUGAAUCAUGUUUAUUUUGUUUACUCACUGUGGCUCCAUGGCAAAUGAAUACUUUUUAUGUAUAUGCACACAAGAAAGGAUCGUAUGGCUUUGUUUAAAUCUGAGCUAUUUAGUAAGAUUGAGUAGUGCUUGUUUACCUCACAUUUUUAGGAUGAAUUUUUAGGCUGAAUAUUUAUUGAUAAAGUUGCCUCCUUCAUGACUAAUGAAAGUGCCAGUUUAGCUAGUGUGCUGUAAGAUGUAUGAAAAGGUGGCAAGUUGAACAAACCAGAUCAAAAAGUCCGUUCCCAAAAUUGAGCACUGAUUAUUUUUUUGUUCUAAUGUACUACACUACUUUGCCACUUAUCAGACAUUUCAUGUUAAGUUUACAGUAACAAUAAUAUAACAUGAUACUAAGGGUUUUUUUCUGUCUUGACAUCACAUUAUCAUUUGGAAGUAGUGGGUUUGUUCCUUGUUAACACUUCACUUGAGUAAUGAUUUGAAUUUGAUGCUGCCUGAAUUGCCCUAAAAUUCUUUACCUCUUCAGACUAUGUUCAUAUGCACAGCAUAGUUUUUGUGCAUUUUCAGUGUCAUGACAAUGCUAGGAAUAUGCCAUAUGAUAGAGUAAAUCAGGCCUGGGACCCAAUAAAAAGGUUGAAGAAGGUCACGGGUCAAAAAAUGGCCACUUUCAUUAACAUGGGGGCAUACUGGGUGCUCAUGUUCAUUCAUCCAUCUACAGAACUGCUAUAUGCUGGUCAGCGUUGUUCUGGUUUAAAUUACAAAUUUGUUUAUAUUUUUUUAAAACAGAGCCAACUAAAUUCAUGAGAAAUUAUCACGUGCAGGGCUAAACAAAAAUAGUCCCAUGCACACCUCUAGAUUAAAACAAACCACAUUGUGGUUUAGUCGGAGCUGUUUGCUAAUUGUAUACGGCACUGUUUGACAACGUUAUGACAUGUCCAUAAUAUUUGUACAUUUUCAUCCAUGUUAUUAUAUUGUGUGAAAUAAGUGAAGUAUUUAGUCGAUGGCAAACAGUUAAACACAGCUUAAAUUUACUCAGAGUGCUCAUAUAAACUUAUAGGUGUGUAUCUUUACCUUAGAAAGCAAUAAAACCUUCUCAAAUCUUCACUGUGCUAUAGCAUAUAUACAAAUAUAUACAUGCUGUAUACUACUACACACAUGCUGACAUUCUUAUCAAGGGAGUUAGCCAUGUGCAUGUAGUGAUGUCUGUGCUAUUUGGUUUACGUCUACUGUUGCUAUCAGUAGAAACUGCGUGCUGGAAAUGUACACUUCUCUCUGCACUAUCGUGAGCUCCUAAUUCAGGUGUAAGAUGUAAUCACACUUGGGCUCUUUUAUUGACUCUCUUGUAUCGAUUCUUUUCAUGUGGUGUGAAUCAAACAGUUUAUUUACCUUUAUUUUGUGAUGGAGACUACACAGUAUAUAAUAUGUGAAUUGUUAUUUAUUAGGGUGUUUUUUUAAUAAAUAGUGUUUUGAAAUCUGGAA